AUGGUUCCCUUUUCUUCAAAUUCUGCCACAGAAGAUAGAGCGGCUAGUGCUCGAAACAGGCCUCCACGUGUCACCCCUCCCUCCUUUCUGGUUCGGGUAGCCAUGAGAAUAUCCAGAGCAAGAUGGUUUACCUUUUUGAGAAGAGUUUUUCAUUACCAAAAUGGAUCAAGGUCCAAUCUUGGUUCCAACCCUUUCAAUUCUAGCACUUGGAUGAUGCUGGAGUUUAUUGCCUUGAUUGUCCAAAUAACCAUUACAACAUUCACCUUGGCUAUUGCCAAGAGGGAGAGACCUAUUUGGCCUAUGAGGAUAUGGAUUUCUGGUUAUGAUAUUGGUGUUGUUCUUAAUCUGCUGCUACUUUAUGGGCGCUACCGUCAAAUUUAUCUCACACGAGGAGAUGCUCUCGACCUUUCUGAUAUAGAACAGCAGACCAACCAUGAAGAAACCAGGAUGUCACACUUGAUGAAUAAAUGCCGGACUUCGCUUGAACUUUUCUUCGCCAUAUGGUUUGUGAUGGGAAAUGUUUGGGUUUUUGACUCACGUUUUGGAUCUUUUCAUCAAGCUCCAAAACUCCAUGUGCUCUGCAUCACUCUUCUUGCUUGGAAUGCAAUGUGCUACUCCUUCCCUUUUCUACUGUUUGUGUUGCUAUGCUGCUGUGUGCCACUGAUUAGCACCCUCCUUGGCUACAACAUGAACAUAGCCUCUUUUGAUAAAGGUGCUUCUGAUGAUCAAAUUUCGCAACUUCCAAGUUGGAGACAUAAACAAGACCGUGCCAAGUUAGAGAUUGGAAAUGACUCUGAAGGGAGUGAAAAACUGAUCGAUGAAGACCAAGAAUGCUGUAUCUGCUUAGCCAAGUACAAAGACAAAGAAGAAGUUAGACAAUUGCCCUGUUCCCAUAUGUUCCAUCUGAAAUGUGUGGAUCAAUGGCUAAAAAUUACAUCCUGUUGUCCUCUUUGCAAACAAGGAUUAGAGAGGGUGGAUAGGGAAGAGAUGGAGGGAAAUAUGGAGAAAAAGGGCAGUUUCAUCAAAGUAAUGCAGUUGGAUGGUACACAAAUAGAAAUCCCAGCUUUGAAUAUGGAUGUUAUAAAGAACCAGUCAAAUAAGGUUGCGUCAGAACCAGUAACAAGUGAAGCUAUGUUGAAGAAAUCUUCUAGUGAGAGGAAGAAUUGCCUGUGCUCACCCACCACGCAUGUUGGAUCCUUCAGGUGUCGCCACCAUCGUUCUGGAAUGGGCCGUCCAAGCUCUAUUGGCUCCAAUCUCGCUGCAUUGGACUCUAAAUCCUCACCCUAA